AUGACAACGAAAGUAGUCGACACGACGCUUGGCGUAUGGCCACAGUGGGUUGCCUGCAUUAUAGUGACCUUGUUAUCCAUCUCGUUUGGCCUGGUAAUCGGAUGGACAUCUCCUUAUUUGGCUCGAUUAACCAGCCACGACGAUUUAUUCCACGUAUCAAAUAACGAGGCAUCAUGGGUGGCAGCUUUGAUGCCUUUCGGACGUUUAUUUGGUGCCAUCGCUGGUGCCAUUAUUUUAGAAUACUACGGCAGCAAAAUGGCUCUCAUGACAACAGGAGUGCCUGUCAUCGUAGGCUGGAUUUGUAUAAUACUUGCCACUUCGGCUCCCUGGCUUUAUGUAUCCAGAACCUGUGCAGGUAUUUCGAUCGGGAUGUUCUUCAGCUGUUUUUCCCUGUACGUCGGUGAAAUAGCGUCGGCGCAGAUUCGCGGUGCGUUGGUCAGCAUCAUAAUGAACGGAUUGCCGAUUGGAACGCUGCUCGGCAACGUAAUGGGCGUUCAAGUGUCAAUAAUGUGGUUCGGAAUAAUCAGUUUAAUUCUGAAUAUCUGUUAUGUCGUGAUUUUCCCGCUUCUGCCGCACACGCCUCACUAUUACGUACGUCGCAAUAACAUGGACGAGGCGAGAAGGACGAUUCAAUGGUACCAUAGAAAAUCGAACGUAGAAGAGGAACUGGAGAUCAUCGGAAAUUACGUGCGAGAUUCUGGAUCCAUGAGCCUGCGAGAGAGACUCAAACAGAUCGGUGAAAAGAGAAACCGUCGCGUGUUCGGUAUAGUGAUACUGUUAUUCAUCUUCAUGCAACUCAGCGGACUGAACACCGUCGUGUUCUAUAUGGAGAUUAUUGCUAAGAGGGCCCAGGUUACGUCCAUAGAACCAAAGAACGUCGUCAUCAUUGCCAGUUCAGUAGGCAUACUAAUCGGUUGGAUCAGCGUGUACCUGAUCGAUCGGUGCGGCAGAAGAGUUCUCAUGUCGGCGUCGUGCUGCUGCGUAAUCGCCGCGAUGGUGCUUUUGGGAUUGCAUUUCAUGUUGUUGGACUUGAACUGCGAUCCGAAAAAGCUCGAGUGGCUGCCAAUCAUCGCGAUGAUGCUCUUCAUGAUGAUGUCCAUUGGUUUGAUACCGGUACCGAGCACGUUGCUCGGGGAACUUUUCCCGGCGUAUUUAAGGAGCAUCGCGGGUUUCAUGGUCAGCGUCACCUCCGCGUUGUCCGCGUUCGUUUGUACCAUAACCUAUCAACCUAUGAUCGACACGUUGACUGAGAAGUAUGUGUUCGGGAUAUAUGCGGUGCUGAUGACUGGGUGUCUGAUUUUCUCCGUUACUUGUGUACCGGAAACGAAAGGGAAGACAUUGCAGGAAAUACAGGAAAUGUUGGAUGGACGUAAUCGAUCGGAGAACAGUGUGCAAACAGAAUACGGAUAA